CCUUGAUUUAGUACAAAGAAAACCAGACCUGCUCCCUGGUGACGCUCCAAGAGCGAGACAGUGGGACUCAGGAAACCCACACUCUUUAUACGGAUCAGAAGUGGCUCAAGGGGAGUUCAAGGGAACCGUGGAGAGCGUAACUGUGGAGUACAUGAGCUGAUCUGCGUCAGAAAAGUUUCUCCAGAGGUGCUGGGGUUUCUGACAGCCAUUGGGCUCUUCAUCAUCCUCAUGACCCUUCUUUUCUGGUACCUCAACAACAAGUUGGCCCUAGAGAACCCAGAGAGCCUUCAGUGCCUUGAUGACUUCAGGAAAAACACCGAGCUCCAAGACAAGGCUUACUCAGACCCCGACCUGCAGGGCUCAUCCUCAGACAGCGAGGACGAACUGAUGGGUCAGUAUCAGGAAGCGGUCAGCCGCUCCCAAGGCCUCCGGGGAGGAGCCAAGGCGGCCCCCAAACACAUGGGAGGUUUCAGCUGGGAGAGCCGGCAGAAGUACAGCCCUCUGACGGCCGACUACGACGGCUACAGCAGCGAGGGCUCGGCCGAUGAUGCCAACUGUAUCCAGAGGAUGAGACGGACGCCUCCACUGGAUGAGCUCCAGCCCCCCCCAUAUCAGGACGAGAAUGGCUCCCCGAGGAUGUCCUGCACCCUGUCAGAUCUGGGCGACGCCAAGUACGAUCUGUCCCACACCAGCGGCAGCCCUCACCUCUCCUUUAGCAAGUACCCCAGUGAGGGCAGUGAUGUCCAUGAAACAGAGAGUUACCUCAACAAGGGCUAUGAAGACGUACCCAGCGACAGUACAGCUGUCCUCAGUCCAGAGGAAAUGUCGGCCCGUGGAUCAUCUGCACUGCUCCCUAAAGGCUACGAUCCAGAUCCCGUCUCAAAAUUCGGCACGCUGGACGUUGUGUUUGACUACGACUCGGAGCAGCAGCAGCUGGCGGCCACCAUCAUGGCCGUGACCGACCUCCCCUCCGUCAAACGCACCGGGAACUUCUCUUGGCAGGUCCACCUGGUGCUGCUGCCCAUCAAGAAGCAGAGGGGGAAAACGGGGAUCCAGCGAGGCCCGUGCCCCAUCUUCACAGAGACCUUUCGCUUCAGCCACGUAGAGUCGGAGAUGAUCAGCAACUACGCCAUCCGAUUCCGCCUGUACAGCAUGCGACGCAUGAAGAAGGAGAAGGUGUUCGGAGAGAAAGUGUUUUACCUCACCAAGCUCAACCUUCAGGGCAAAAUGUCUGUGCCGGUCAUAUUAGACCCGUGCUGUGCUCUCCCGGGUGGUGAAUCCCAGGUCAGCCUCUCAGAUAUGACAUGCAGUGAAAGCGCCUCUUCAUUCCAGUCUGUCAGUCAGACCUCAGCACCAGAGAUCCUUGUGGGCCUCGUGUACAACGCCACAACCGGUCGUCUUUCUGUGGAAGUAAUCAAAGGCAUCCAUUUCAAAAACCUGGCUGCCAACAAGCCACCCAACGGACUGUUCUGUUGUCUAAAGCACUUGAUAGGUGGACAGGUUUAUAUUAUCAGAGAUACCUAUGUUAAGCUGACCCUGCUGAACUCCAUGGGCCACGAGAUGUCCAAGUGCAAGACGUCCAUCUGCCGAGGUCAGCCCAACCCGACCUACAAAGAGACGUUUAUCUUCCAGGUAGCGCUCUUCCAGCUCUCCGACGUCACGCUCAUCCUCUCCGUCUACAACAAGCGCAGCAUGAAGCGCAAGGAGAUGAUUGGCUGGAUUUCUCUGGGCCUCAACAGCUCUGGAGAGGAGGAGCUCGCCCACUGGACUCAGAUGAAAGAGUCGAAGGGACAGCAGGUCUGCCACUGGCACAGCCUGCUGGAGUCCUAACAGCGACGGAGGAGCACCGAGGAGGUUCAUAUAAGAUGUAGAGAGCGAGGAAAGAGAAACGCAACGGUCGCCCGGGGAACCGGGGUCAUGAUGAAGACAGGAGGACUGCCUGGACCAUUGUGUGUCACUCAUCAGCUCAUCAGGGGAUGACGCUGUUGGAAAAUCCCCAACAGCCACUGAUUAGUUGGACGGCUAACAAGUGUCAUGUCUGCUCUGUGAUGACGUUUCGCUUUAUGUGGUUGACACCUGCUCUUCUCCGUCACAGCAUCUGGGUCUGGGUGGCGGGUAAAGCCGACAUGUUGCAAACGUUGGGAUCAAACAGCAGACAUCACGAGUUCUCUAUAAAUGUUUUAAAUUAAGCUGGGCAGAGAAUGUUGGACAUGUCAUCUAAUCGGGAGUUGAUCCAAAACAUAUGUUCUAAUUGACAGUGAAAUGUCAGUGUCCAUAGUAACCUUAUUACAAUACAUUUUCAAUCGUUGCUUUUACUAUAAAGAAUAUACAUUUGUGAGAUGUCAACUUAUUUCCUUUUUUAAGCCUUCAAGAGACAAACAUUUUUCUCUUCUAACAUUACAAGCUACUUUUAGUUUGUGUAACCACUUGUUUUUCCUCCCCAAAAAGAUACAGUAUGAACUGAAUCAGCGAGUUUAUGAGGCCAUGUUGGCUUACUGCUAUAUUGUAUAUUACAAAUAUAAAAAGCCUUUAGUUCCAGGAGCUCGUACCCGGGACCUUUCCAAGGAGCUCCAGUAAAAUGUUCCUUGGUGGCCCUCGGCCAUCACAUAUGAAAACAAACCAAACAUUUCCAAAAGUCAUGUUUAUUCCUAUAGCAACAUGUUUGACAAUGCUUUUGGGUGUCGUGGAAGUGAAACUCCUCCAUUUCAAAUGUCAUAUUAAACCAAACAACUACUGAAUCUUUGAUAAUUGACCCUUUAUCAGACUUCUUAAUGGUCCCUGACGGAGCAAUCAGAAAAAUCUGCUCUGUUGCUACAUCUAGGUCAGAAUAUCUGGUUGGACAAAACAGCCGUCUCUCUCGUUCACAUCAGUGGAAAAAGCGUAGUUUUUAAUUGCCUUGUAUCGAAAUUUAAAUCACUGGAUUAUAUUUUAAAAACUUUGUUUUAGUUAAAAGGAACACUUCAGAACACACUGCACACAGUGUAAUGAGGGCGCAGCGUAUUUUUUAUCGUCAAACUGGCAGAAAUCUGAUCCGUCCCGCCAAAACAAAGUCGGCCCCGCAGCAGGCUACAACCUUUAGCUACAACCGCGAAAGCCUUUUAUUUAUUUAUCUUAAAAUGGUUAAGCGGUGUGCUCGGGGCACUGGUAAAAGUGACACCCGCUACCCAGACAGAGUCACAGGAAUACAUUUCAUCCCAAAACCAACGGUAAAUUACUGAAAUUGUCUGCUUUGGAUAAAGCUAUGUGGACGGCCGCACUCGCAGUCCAACACUUCCAUCAGCUAAACUAAUCAAAGUAUCUCGGUUUUUUUUUCCGAAAGGCCUGGCGAAAAAUGUGAUAUUUAAUGGUUUGCAUUAAUGGGCGUGGCCUAAUGGCUCAACAGCGCCCCCUAGAAAACUUUGUGCCUCAAGCCCCACAAUACGGUUUGACGUACAUGCACGAAAAUCGGUACACACCUGUAUCAUGUCACAACUUAAAGAAAAGUCUCUUGGCGCCAUGGCCGAAACUGAACAGGAAGUCGGCCAUUUUGAAUUAAUCAUGUAAUUUUGGCGCAAUUUAUGCCAUUUCUUCGGCCGCUUCUUCGCC